UUGAUUAAUUGCCUUCUUGGAUACAUACAUAUGUACACAUAUAUAUACGAUAUGUUGGCUACAAAGUGGAUACUAUUCAUGGUCUAUGCUCUACUCACAGCGACUACAGCCUUUAGCCUGGAGGAAGCGAAUGAGGGAUCAACUAAUGGCACAAAUGCUUCUCAUUUGGAUUCAAAUCCAGAUGAUCCAGAUCCAGAUCCAGAUGCCAAAUUGCCCAGUGAGGUACAAAAGGCUGUUUGUACGGUCACCGCAGGUGAAGUUAAAGCUUCUGCCGAAGCUGUGACUACAAAGACAUUAAAGGGCGUUUGUGGAUCGGAUGAAAUGAAUCUGGCCUUUCGCCAAUUGGAGGCCAAACUCUAUGAAGAGUUACGUUUAAUUAAAUUAAUGUUGGAGCAACUGACUCAGGUUAAGGUUAAUGAAACCUUCAAGAAGUUUGAUACAUCAAAAAUAGAGAGCACCACAACAACGACAACACCAACAAUAACUAAUAUUCCAAAAUUUAGCCAAAAUGAACUUAUACCAAAAGAUCAACUGGGUCUUAAGAAAAUACCCAAAUUAAAAUUACUUCAAAUGGAGCAUAAGCAAAUGCCACAAAGUGCUGGAGGAGGAGCACGAGGUGGAGGAGAACGACAACAGGAAGUUGAUAAGUUCAAUAAUACCAUGUUGGCCGAUCAGGAUGUCAAAUUAUUUACAUAUUAUUGGAAAUUGGAAAACUUUACGCAACGUAUUGCAAAUCUAACAACAACUACAAUCAAUAGCCCCAUAUUUAGUAUACGAGGAAAAUCCCUACAAUUGAAAUGCACGUUUCAUCAUUUAAAUCGCGAAAUGAUGAAUUUACAAUUAGGCUAUGCCUUCUCCACACCAGAGCAAGGAGUUGGUCAUCACAACAACAACAACAACAACAUUAUGCUAGACAUGGGCUUGGGUGGCUUCUUUAAGCAAUUGAAAUGGACCGAUCAGGCGACAUUGAAACAUAAAAUUUCCAUAUUGGAUCAAUAUCAAAGCCAUCAGCAUCGCAGCCAGGAUCUUAGCUCACAGGAGCUAACUAAACUAGAUAUGGGUUUCUCCAUACCGCAUAGUGCUCUACUUGGUAGUACUUAUAUUAAGAGCAAUUCAUUAUUAAUACAAAUUCUUUUAUAUUUAUGA